AUGGACUAUCGGCGGACGUCACUGGCUAUCAACACCCAGCCAACGGCCGGCAUAAAUACCAAUCCACAUAUACCCUCUAUCUUCCCAGCAGCCGGGACAAAUCGACACAUCAAUGAAAUUCUGUCGGAAUCCCCCAUAAUGUGGUGGGAUGAGGAGCGGAUCGAAGCAACUGUCACUCGCCAAUUCGUUCUGGCGAAUCUGCGACCCGAUGAACAAGUACGACUAGAUGAACCUUUGGGAUUCGGCGAUGGUUUGACGAAUGAUACCUAUAUGGAAUGGAUCGACCUGAAAGCAAAAAGAAUAUUCUUAAUAUUGGUGGAUCUAGACGUCCCAGACCAAAUCUUUGGUGUUAUCGAUGAUUCUUGGGACGAUGACGAUUUGCCUAUUCCUCUGGACCAAGUCGAGCGUCUUCGUCUGACCUACGAGCGAGACGAAAGAUUGGAGAAGCGAUUCUUUCAGCGCCAGUUCCUGUAUCUGCUGAGGAAUAUUCAGAAAGGAGAGCAGGUUUACUAUGAUGACGAGGAGGUGGUUCCGCUGGAGAUGGCAGAGAAACGGCCAAUAGGUGUAGUGGCCGGACUUACUCAUAGCUAUGCGGAUAAGGUGCAUCUUCCCUGGAAGCCAGACGAUAUUUUCCUCCGCCGGGGAAUACCCCUAGGUGAACCUCCUGGUCGCAUGCGUCGAGAAGAGUUCCUCUCGGGGAUUGAAGAUAUGAAGACUCUCAAGCACGGCCAUCUGAUAUCCCUGUGGGCUUCAUACAUCCACCAAGACUAUGGCUAUCUUCUCCUUACGCCUAUCAAUGAUAGCAGUCUAAAGUCCUUCCUAACCGUAACUCCUCAAUCCUUCAAAAUCCUAGCCAAGCAGGACCGGCGCAUUCUCCUUUUGAACUGGCUUCAUUGUCUUGCCGAUGCUCUCUCGUUCCUUCAUAGUAAUGGCCUAUCCCAUGGCAACAUCAGACCGUCGAAUGUCAUGCUGGAUCCUGACAACCACAUCUUUCUGGGUGACUCUGGAAUUCUUCCCAUAACCACAUUUACUUCCAAGAAGCGGGGAUUUGAUCAAGAGAUAUACUGCUAUUCUGCUCCUGAGCAAGCACCACGACCGCCAGCACCAGCGAUUAUUCAUCUCCCAAGUUCUCGUCCCACUUCAAGAGGACUACCCCCACGUCGAAUGACAGCACCCCCUUAUUCCGGGGCGCUUUCAGUAUCCACCUCGAUCGACGCAGCAUCGAUACAUACAUCAUCUACAAGAUCGAAUUCCCCAUGCUCGCCAACACGACCUGGGAGUUCUGGGACCAGAUAUGAUCCCCAAAAAGCCGACAUAUUUUCUCUGGGAGCCAUAUUCCUUGAGAUUCUCACUUUCCUUCUGAAGCGAGCGUCUCGGAGCUUCGCAUCCCACCGUUCAUCCAAGAACAGGACCCCUGGCCGUGGUGGUGGAUUACCUGACUCAUCAUUCCACAAGAAUCUAGGUCAGGUUGAAAGCUGGAUGAAGAUGCUAGCUAAAGAUGCAGCCAAGAAGGAGGACGGGGUUUUUAGGGGAGUGAGUCCUAUACUGAAACUGGUCGAUAGUAUGAUAAGGCUGAAUCCGGACGAUCGCCCGUCAGCACAAGCUGUCCAGAGACAACUGUACCUCAUUUUAUCCGAGACUUGCAGGCUGGGGAAGCCAUCCCCGGGAGGAUCUAGUGGGGGAAUCCACUGUGAGGCUUGGAAUAGGGGAGAUAAUGGAUGGAUAUUUGGAAUGGACGAGCUUCGGGUGGCGUCUCAGAGGGCUGCCGCCGCAGCAUGUGCAAACCUAGCACCCAUCAACACCCUGAGUGGGGAUAUCGAAGCCAAUGCGGCGGUGAUCUAUGGCGUUGAGAAGAUCUCGCUAGCGAGUACCCCGCCGUUGUUAAAGGGGCGCAGCUAUGAAGGCGAUAGCACAAACCUUGCAAUGAAGACAAGCACGAGCAGCGAGGAGACGAAUAGGUAUGCCAACGGUAGCUUGAAAGUGGGUGUGAAGGUGAAGCCGAAAGCAAGACCAUGGCAGGCGCCUGUUUAUGCUGGUUCGUUCUUCUACGAAACUUACUUCGCCACCCCAAUACACCUACUGACGCAUGUUAUGAUAGAAUUCAGUUUUGGGUUUUAA